AUGCAGUGGAUUAAGUCAUUUUACAAUGAUGUAGUUUCGACUGAACUAGACGAAGGACCUCGUAUUGAAGAAAUGUUUACACUACUUCCCACCAGUGACGACAAAACAAGUAUAUUAUAUGAUAUUUAUAACUGUUCCUUCACCAACCAUUCCGUAUUUUUACAACACUUAGACGUCCUAACAAAGACCUUUGCGUCUGCGAACUCUGAGAGUGAUGCUGCUUUGAUUAAAAUAAUAUGCAAAUUGUUCCAAGAGAUCAUACGAAAGCCAAAGAAUAGUGAUGGCUUUGAAGAGGAUUUGAUAGUCGAAGGGAUAUAUAAAGAGAUGCCCCAGUUUGACAAGGUGUUAUGUGAGAAACUGAAUGGGAUGAAAGACAUGUCGAGUAUUCAGGCGAUUUUAUCGACAAUUACUUUUCUGAGUAAAAAUUAUCGCGAAAAAGCGACGUUUGAGUGCUUCUUUGAGAUGUCGCAAUUGUACCCAUUCUUCAUCAAGAAUUUGCCAAACGCGUUACUCCACAAGGACAUCGUGUUGUUUCUCACAACUAUUUCAAAGGACAAUAUGGAGAUCCAAAAAGUGUUAGUGUUCAAUGGCAUCUUUGAUGUCAUCGCGACGUGUUGGGAAGAUGGGCAGUACCUCAAGAACCCUCGGAAAGUUGUUGAUUACUUUGAAUUGGUCAAAGUGUUAUUACUCAACAACACGCAGAACCAGAAGAAUUUCACCGAGUUGGGAUAUGCCAAGAAAAUGCUUCAGUUCAUCGACAAUAGUGGAUUGGAGUUACAAGACGACCAAGUCCAGUGCAUUUUACAAGUGUAUUCAGUCCUUCAUAUCUUCUUAGAACAAACAAAUCCAAAUAGAAAAGCGUAUCAACAAGAAUUAGUUGAAGAUCAUAUCUUUGUAUCGCUUGGUGGAGUAUGUUUGAGUGAUAUUCAAUACACCCAGUCCUUUGCAACCUUUCUUAAAGAAUCCCUCAAGAUAGUUUCCAGCCUUCUCGACAGUAAUGAGUAUUGUCAGAAACAAUUUGCGACGACCAAAAUCCCAUUAUAUCAUGCACAAAAGAAAGAGAUCUAUGCGUUAGAUCGAGUCAUUCCUAUUGCUUUGGGGUCACCAAAUGUCGAAGUUCAACUGUCUGCUUAUGAGAUCUUCUUAUCUUACUUAAAGAAUAACCCGGACGGCCAAUUAUCGAUAGCGUCAACGUUACUUCCCCUCCACGGAGUUCACGAAGAAGUCACCAUUGGCAAUUAUAUCAUGAACGCAUUCUUUAAGAAAGAGAACGUGAAGACGUAUAUGAUUGCUUCGAUGCUUUUAAAUGUCAUCUUCAUGAACCCGACCUCGCGAUACGUCUUUUCUAAACCCGUCACAACUGACGAUGAUAAAACAUUCUUAGACGUAUUUAUAGAGACUGUGGCAACUACGGAAGAACGGUCGAAAGCACUUUCACUGUUGAAGAUCUUAAUCACCGUGACGUAUGAGGCGGACAACGAUUUCUUAAUCAAAUUAAUGAAUGAAACGCUCUUCUCAUAUUUGUUAUUGAAAUCGAGUGAUUCCGACAUCUUCCACUCGUCUUUGGCGUGUUUGGUCCUUUUCAACGUCUUAAAUGAAUUGAAAUUUAACUCAGCCCCACACUCUAACACCGAAAUUAUAGAGAAGAUCUCAAAGGCAAUUGAGUCGAUUGGAUACGACGUAUUGAAGAGGAGAUUGGAGGCAAUCGCCCAAUCAAAGGAAUUCCAAGACGCAAAACAAGUCGGCAUUUCUGAGGACUUCUUGUUCGAUAGAGAAAGCGUCAAAUUCAUCGAAAAGGUUUCAGAGGAAAUUAAAUUGAAAAAGGAGAGCGGCGAAGCAAAGUUGAAAGUGCGAGAGACGGAAGUCCUGAAAGACACAAUCGAAGACCUCACUAAAGAAAAUGGGGAACUCAAAAAGAAACUCGGUGAACUUCAAAUUCAAACAGAAGAACUACAAAAUGCGUUGGAACUUGAAAAGAGUGUGAAUGAAACUCAAGAAGUCGACGAAUUGAAGAAUGAGUGUGAGGAAUUAAAGAAGAAGAUUGCGAUGAUGGAAUGUGAGAAGAUUAAAGAAAGUGAUUUAAUUGAAGGAAUGAAAGAAGAUAGAAGCAAAGAUUUUUCCCAGCGGAAUGAUCAACUUGAGAAAGAGAAUGAAGAACUAAAAAGAGAGAAUGAGAAGUUGUGUGGCGAAAUAGAAACCCUGAAAGACGAGUUGUUUUUGAAUAAAAUGCAAUUGGAGGAAUAUGUCAAUGUCAACGACGAGUUAACGGAAACCCAAAAAACACUAGAAAAGAAAAUAGAGGAACUUCUGAAGAACUCAAAGACCGAAAUUCAAAGUCAAGAAAGUGAUGUGAAACUCAAAACGGAUGGAAUAGAAGGUCAUGAGAUUGAAAGAAAGACACAAGAAAUAUCAGAUGAAGUCAAAUCAAAUGUUAAAAAUGUCGAAAGUAGACAAGAAGCUCAUGAAGAACAAGACGAUGUUCUCGACUCCUUUGGAGAAGUCGAUACACAACAAAGUCUUAUACCUCAACACUCAACAGAAAGUGAUGGAAAGAUUCUCAAAGUACCUCCCCCUCAACAAAUUGAUUCAACUAAAGAAGUUAAUGAACAAAAAGAAACACAACAAAAAGUUCAGGACCAAACCACUGGUGGAGUUACUAUGCCAAAGAUCACAAUCAACGAGUUAUUUACUACGAUCAAUACCAUAUUUAAAUAA